CCCCGCUCUCCCGGCCCCCAUUCCCGCACUACCCAAGCCCGCGUGCUCGCCCCGCCUCCUCCCAUGGCCGACUGCUACGCGCCGGCGGACAUGGACGAGCUCCACAGGCGGUGGCUGCCGCGCGAGAUUUUCGCCGAUAUUGGCAUCGCCGACGCCGCCCCGCCAUCCGCCGCCGCCGUCGAGGACGUCGCGGUGCACCUCACCGGCAUCCUCGGCAGCAAGGAGGGACUUCCGCGCCCGCCUCCGCCUCCGCCUCCGCCGGCACCGGCCCCUCACCACCGCCACCACCGCCCGCAGGUCUCGGGGCUGGGAGGGACUGCUCCGGUGGUGUACGGCGGCGGGAGUAAUGGUGGCGGCGUGCCGGCGCCGUGGCCGUGGCCGGUCUUGCCCUACUCGCCGCCCCAGUGGCAGGUCCCGACCAAUUUCGCCAACGGCGGCGGCAGCGCCCGUUUCAUGGGCCCAAGGCAUGCUCCGCCACGGCCCUCCCACGGCCCUCCGCCGGCCAAGCGGCGUCUCGGCGGCACCGGUGGUACUGGCGUGUUCCUGCCGCGCGCCCAGGGGUACCAGUACCAGCACAAGGCUGCGAGCAAACCUCCGGCCAAAGGCAGGAAUCCACCAAAGGAGUUGCUCCAGGGGCAGUACCAGCCAGUGCAGCAGCAGCAACGCGCAGACCAAGAGGAGGCAGCGGAGACGACGCAGAAGCAAAAGGCUAGCGCAGCGUUGCUAGCGCUGCCCCAGGAGUGGACUUACUGAGCGGGACGAGAUGAUGGCGAACAAACCAGUGCAGUAGCUAGCUAGCCGAUCAUGUUUAGUGUUGUUUUGUCGCGUCAUGCAGGCAGCAAUAAUAAUAAUGAAUAAAAUAUGACUAAUAAGGAGUGUAGUAGGGUGGGUGGGAUUACAGUCUUAUAAUAGUACCAUUAGCUGAGAAAACUAUGGCGGAUCCCUUGGUGUAUCAUCAUCUUGUACUACCACCAGCAGUAAUAAAGUGGCGGCUA